AUGGACAGUGAGGGAGGAGGAGGGGAUGGAGGGGGAGGAGAGGACAGAGAUGCUGACCUCAGUCCCCAGGCUUUAUCUCUUCCUCUCCUGACCCUGGAGGUCAGUCCUGAGCAGGGGUCAUCCUCUCAUACCUCAGCCACAGCCCCUGCCAAAGAGCCCCUGACCCUGCCUCAGCAGCAGGAGGAGGAGGGCGCAGAGGGGUCCCAGGCUAGAGAGGAGACCCAGGGAGGGGUGCAAGAAGAAGAAGGAGGCCGACAUUUACAGGAGAAUGGAGCGUGUCAAAAGCAGGGGAUGAAAGAAGACUUUGGGGAGGGAUAUUUGUCAGGGCGAAGGGAGGAAGAAGCGGGGGUACAUGGCGGUGUGGGAGAGGCGUCAGUUACAGGGGGCCUCCCAGCAGCCCUUUGCAGCAGCAGCAGCGGAGAGAAGGAAAAGGAAGAGGAGGAGGCCAUCUCAAACCAAAGCCAAACCAAAUCCAAAUGUUCUUUAUUACCUCAACAGAGCCAGCACAGCUCUUCUUCCAGCACUGCAAAGGCCAGUGGCACACUCGACAACAAAACAGCCGCCUCUCCAAAGCCCUCCCCCACUCCUUCCGCCUCUCCAAAGCCCUCCCCUUUUCUUUCCACCUCUCCAAAGCACUUCACUUGUCCGUCCUCCUCUCCCACCCUGCAAAGCGAAACAGAGGUAAAAGACAUUAAGGGAGAUCAGGGCUGGAUUUCUGAGUUUCCUCAGAGCUUUAAAUCCCAGCCCUCUACCCUGGCAGGUAUGGAGCCUGCCAGUACACCUGCUGAGGACGUCGGGCCUGCAGGGGGUCCUCACUCUUCCAUAUCCAGUGUAGAUGGUGCCAAAGCUCCAGAACCAAAUGACAGCCAGCUAGACACAGAAGUGGACGACGAGAGGGAACAGGAGGAAGAACAGAAAGAAGCUGUCCUUAAAAACCUCAACCCAGAACUUUCUCCUAAUUCACUGACGAGUCACAUGACCAUAAUGCACUCACGCAAUUCCUGCAAGACGCUGAAAUGCCCCAAGUGCAACUGGCACUAUAAGUCACAGCAUACUCUGCAAGUCCAUAUGAAGGAGAAACAUCCAGAGACGGGAGGCCAGUGUGUGUGCGGCUCCUCUGGGGGGAAGUGUAUAUGCGGCGGCGCAACACGAGAUGUGUGUGGAUAUUGUAGUUCGGGGAAAGCUCACCCUCGUUUGGCCCGUGGUGAAACCUACGCCUGUGGCUACAAGCCCUACCGCUGUGAGGUGUGCGAUUAUGCCACGUCGUCGAAAGGCAACCUCAGCAUACACAUGCAGUCGGAUAAACACCUCAAUAACGUUCAAAAUGGGGGCCACUCGAAUGGUCACCUGCCCACUUCUCACGUUGCCAACAACAGCAGCUCCUCAAACGGUCCCACGGCUGAAGAGCCUGCAUACAAGCUCCCACUCUGUAUUCCCUCGCCCACAGCCCAGCCUGCUAAGCUCACACCACCUGCACACUCCCACUCUCACGGUAAGCGGUGGCGGUGUGACGUGUGCGACUACGAGACCAGCAUUGCCCGCAACCUGCGCAUACACACCACCAGCGAGAAACACACACACAACAUGCUGCGGCUACAGAGAGGUUACUAUCUGUCUCACUGUAGAAGCCUCGCCCCGCAGCUUAAAAACCUACAAAACACAGGUGAGUCAUCUCUCCAUUUAAUCCAAAGUAAAAGUCUAAAAAUGGUUUCAGUUCUUGAAAGUUUUUUUUUUCCCUCUCUCUGUGUUUUAGGCGCCGAACUCUCCUUGAACAUGCGACUGACCAGUCAACAACUUGCAGAGCAGCCAGUCACCCUUGGGUCUGCCCUGACUCCAUCUCCGUCCCCGUCUCCCUCCCCACCUCCAGCGCCGUCUCUUUCCCCGACCGGACCUCUCUCCCAGGGUGUGUUUCAAUGCCUCGUCUGCUCCUGUUUUUCUUCUGACAGCUUAGAGUCCGUGGAGCAGCACCUGAACGCCACUCGCUCUCUGCCACAGUCUAUGUGGUGCUCCCUGGUCGCGGGUGGCUGCCACUGCAGGCUGUGCGGCUACACCACCCCGCUGAGGGCCAACUUCUCCUUGCACUGUCAGACUGACAGACACCGUAUAAGGUACCAGCUUGCUGCUCACCUGCAGGAGGGUGGAGACAGGGGUCAGGAGGGGGAGGCCCUUAUUGCUAAGGGUAAUCCUGUCCAGCUGAGGUGCAACCUAUGUGACUGCGUGACCAGCAGUUUGGAGAAGUUGCGAGGUCAUUCCCUCGGUUCACACCACAAAGCCAGCGUCCGAGUUUACCGAUUUCUGCAGCAGUAUGAUGGUGAGGUUGAUGGUGGUUCGUGGCUGUUCCAUUGCCUCCUAUGCAACCACUCGUCCUCUUCUAAACUCCAAGUACUGAAACACAGUCAAACAGCAACACAUCAACAGAGGGAAGGGCUACUGCAGCUGCAGCCCAUGGGCGGUGAGGAGCUGGCAGCCAUUUUUACCAUCAGGAAAAUCCCUGAUGGUGACCAAGGAGAGUUCGGCGAGGAUAUUGAAACUUCCAGUGAGACCACCACUGGUCCUUUGGACACAACCAAAGACAAAUGUAUCUUGAUUUCCGAGGAGACGGGUAUUUCAGUUGAAAAUGGAACUUUAGUUGAAAAUGCUGAAGAAGAAGUAGCCACACCCAAAGAUGUCACAGCUCUACUCACCCCACCCCUUGAAGACAACACCACUCACCAUUCUAAUGGCAGACUGGCUCCUCAGUCCCCAACUCAGUUCCCCCCUUCUUCUCCACCCAGCUCCCCAGCCAGCGACCCCCCUCCCCUUUCUGAUCGCCAUGGUUACCGGUUUCGUUGCAGCAGGUGCAGCCUGGCGUUCCCCACUCAGGAGAAGCUCCAGCUGCACUGGCAGUACCAUGCCAUGAGGGCGGCGACAGAGUGCCCCAUCUGUUCAAGACAAUGCCGCAGUCAGGAGGCUCUGCAUAGACACAUGCAGAACACACACUCACAGCUUGACAACACGCAGGGGCAGAAUACACUCCCAACGCCUCACACUACACAGUUCAUGGAGAUUAACAAGAGUUCAUUUCAACAAAAUUUAAGUUUGUCACCUCAAGUGGGUCAAGAAGCAGGUGAGGCUGAAGAUGAGGACAUGGAGGAGGAGGAAGCAAUUGACAUGAAUAGAAAGGAGGAAACAAAAGAAGGAGUUGAAUUUGAGGAGAAGGAUAUGAUUGAUGAAACUGAUGGCAGUGAGGAGGAAUUAACUGAGCUAGAAAAAGGGCUUCAUGGUGAAAUCAGAUCAGAACCUAGUUCCAGCUCUCCUGUCAAAAGGGGCUCAAACCCCACAAUGGACCGCUACCUUGAUCCAACCAGGCCCUAUAAAUGCACAAUAUGCUCUGAAUCUUUUACCCAGAAAACCAUUCUUCUGGUCCACUAUAACUCUGUGUCUCAUCUUCAUCGGGCCAGACGAGCCCUACAGGACCCUGGCACAUGUGUUACUGCCCCUGAGGCUCCGCGUGGCCCAGAUCCGAGGCCAUACCGCUGCCGAUUGUGUGGAGUGGGCUACAGCCAGAGCUCCACAUUGGACAUACAUCUUCGCUCUGUCCUACACCAGACCAGAGCUCGUGCUGCCCAGAAUUCAGCACCACAGACCCCAGCAUCUAGUGUAGCUGCUCCUGUGUCAGUUUCCACUACGGCUACUCAGGCGGCUACCACGAGAGAAGACAAAACCUCCAAGUGUUUUACCAAGAGGCCAAAUGUAGUUAGCAGUUCAACCUCCUCGCUAUUCCAGGGUGUACCAGCUGAGGCCCAGUCCACCCUCCCUAACCCAACCAUUGUAGAAGCGGGCUACAGUAGAUCCUCCGUAAACGAGACAGAAAGACAACCCGGCAAUUCCAGCCUUGAAGAAGGAAAAGAAGAAAUGCCUGUUCCUACAGUCAAAAAUGAGGGUCAGAAGAGGGAAACAGAUCCUUCACCAUGUAAUGUUCUUGGACUGCAAUGCCCCCCUCCUAGAAUUCCCUAUGCCUCAGUAAAUGGGGAGCCUCUUAGAGCACUGCUGCAAAGUUAUGGCUUUGAGUUGGCACUGCAAUACAUACAAAGUAGACACAGAAACCAGCAGCAGAUAUCAACGCAUGUGAUACCAGAUAAACAGGAGUACUGUGAUAACAAGGAGAUUGGGGUGUUGUCAGAGGAAAAAAGAGAAAAGGUUUUUGAAUUACAAGAUGUAAGGCUGGAAGGCUGUAACACAGAUAAGGAUGGAGUAGAAGUCAAUGGAGGGAUUGAAGACUUGCCACAAGAUGAAGUGAAGAAAAAAGAAGAAUCUGGAAAAAAAUGCUGUGGAAGAGGAAAGGAGUGCAGAGACUGUGGCAAGUUCUUUUCAGAUUCCUUGAUCUUGAAAAGUCACCAGGAGUACAUUCACAGGUCUCUGUUUCCAACCGCUGCAUUGGAGAGGUUUUCCAGAGAAUACCGUCUGCAGUAUGACCAGAUGUACCCCCUCCCACAGCCUAAAUCUGGGGAAGAUUUAACUACUUGCCCCCAAGCUGCAGUUCAAGCUCCAUCCUCAGAAUCAGAAACUGCAAUAGAAACAGUCAGGCCUCAAGUUAAAACACUUGAACCCUUACCCUCAACUUCAGUUUCAGAACUUGUAACCAAAACAUGCUCACCAGCUUCAGACCCAUCAUCAACUGCCCCUCCUCCUUCUUCUCCAGUACAUUCACAACCUCAAGAUUUUUCACAAGAGGCGGUCAACCCAAGCACAUCUGCCACAGUUACUUCUCAUACCACAUCCCAGGCUACCUCCAUACCUCUUCCAUUACCAAUGCUUCCUCUUUCUUUGCCUCAGCUCUCUAUGCCUCCACUGACACUGCCUAAGCUUUCCCUACCCCCUGGUCCUUUCCCAAUGGAGCUACCUCUCCUCUCUCCACUUGUAAUGCAGUCAGUAGCUCUUCAGUCUAAACCUUGGUUGGACUCAAAUGUGAAUCCUGAGUUGGCAAAACUCUACCAAUCUCAACUGAACCAAGCACUGCUAGGUCAACAGCCACAGCUUAAUCCCCGAACCCGAAUCUCCGAGGAACAGCUGACCGUUCUGAGGAAACACUUUGACAUUAACAGCCUCCCCAGUGAUCAAGAGAUCAACAAGAUGUCUGCUUUGGCUGGUCUGCCUCUUAAAGUCAUCAAACACUGGUUCCGCAACACCCUAUUUAAAGAGCGCCAGCGAGACAAGGAUUCCCCUUAUAAUUUUAAUAAUCCACCAACCAUUGCCCUGGAGGAGUCCAGAAAAGAAAUGGCACAAUCCCAGCCGUUGUCACUUUCUCCAUGUUCACUGUCCCCAGGCCUUCCAGUCAACAUUUCCCCCGAGCCUCUGACAACAGACAUCCAGAGAGAAGAGCUCCAUAGGGGAAGACGCUCUUCCCGUACCCGCUUCACAGAACAACAACUGGAGACCCUGCAGAGGGUUUUUGAGGCCACGCCCUACCCCAGAGAGGAAGAAUAUGACAGGUUGUCUGCACGGUUGUCUCUUUCUAACAGAGUCAUUGUUGUAUGGUUCCAAAAUGCCAGACAGAGAGCCCGCAAACAUCAAGACCAGGGGAAUGAUGACGGAUCAGAAGGGAAGAACCAGCAUGACAACAUUCACAGACAGAGAAAUGGUAGGCACAAGAAUGAAGAUUACGAUAAUGACGAUAACAGCUGUGGUGAUGAACGACAUAGUGAAUCGCAAAAUGAAAACUCCAUGGAUCUGACUUAUGAGUAUUACACCCACCCAGAUUCACCUUUUGUUGAUUCAACCUCUUCCUGCCCAGAGAGUGAGCAUCCAACAGCCAAAGAUGCAUCAACACCUGUUACUGGCAACCAAGAAGAUAAAAUAGUUCCUCAUCUUGAAAACACCAACACAGAUUUUGUUCAAACUCAAAAUGGCAUUUCAGAUGCAGAUAUUAAGCAUAAGGACAUUGUUCCGGCUAUAAAAACAGAUUCCUCUCCAAAACCUGAGCCCACCCUGCAGCCCGAAAGGACUGCAGAAAGCCCUGCUCCUUGCUCUACCUCCUCUUCACAAAAAAAUGAACUCACCAUCCUUCCACGGCUCAUUCCAGUCAAGGGCGGAUACACAGCCCCCUUUCUGAUCAAGCUGCUGAUACAUCAAGCCUCCCUGCUCCUCCAGAGCAAGAAAAAAGCCACAAGCUGCCUGAUUCCAACUCUGGCUUACCCACAGAAGUUCAGCCAAAUAUACAGCUUCCACCCCAAACCCAGGCUCAGUUUCAGUGCAGUCUUUGCCCAAUGUCUUUGCCAUUUCCAGUUGUGGCAGGAGCAUCAGACUAGGCACCUCCUGGCAGCUCAGUCCCAGGUUCAAUUUCUCCACUCCGGCUUUCCAGAACGAUCCAUGCCUUAUAUGAUGCUUCACCCCAACCACACCUUGAUGGCGAGCCAAAUGCUUUCAGGUGCUAUGUCUCAAAUGCCAAGUACCUCCCUCACCAGCCUCUCUCAAACGUCCCUGGCUACCAUAAAGCAGAAUUCAAAAAUUAUAUCAGAGGGCAGUUUUGAAGGCCAAAGGAGUAGUAGAGAAAUUGAUGAAGAACAACGAAGGGAUAAACGGCAGAGAACCACGAUCACCCCAGAGCAGCUUGAAGUGUUGUACCAGCGCUACAGCAUGGACUCCAACCCCACCAGAGGUGUCCUGGAAAGCAUUGCACGGGAUGUAGGCCUCACAAGACGUGUGGUUCAGGUUUGGUUUCAGAAUACACGUGCCAGAGAGAGAAAAGGACAAUUUCGUUCACUUGGGCCAGGAUCCAAUUUCAGCUUGGGUUUCAACCAUCUGCGCUGCCCAUUUUGCAGGGCUCUGUUUAAGGUGAAGAGUGCUCUGGAUGCCCAUAUGAGGUCACGCCACUGGACUGAGGCUGAAAGAGCAGGCUAUAACUUAUCAAUGAGUAAUGGAUCUAAUGGGCAGAUUGGGAUGGCUAUGUCAUCUGUCAUGGACAGACCUGGCCCCUCUGUCUCCUUUUACCCAAACCAUGGCAUUGCCAUCAGCAACAACCAAUUAACUGUAAAGCCAUCUAUGACCUCCUUGUCAACCACUGAUUUAAAAAACCAAGAGGAGGAGGAUGAUUAUGAAGAAGAUGAAGAAGAGUACCCAUGUGAAGAGGGUUCCAGUUUGGCUGACCAAGGUUCUCCUAGUCCUGAGGGAUCUGGGGGUCCAGGUGCAGAAUGGGGUGAAACACAAGCUCUGCAGCAGCAGAACCAUCAGCAGCAGCGCCAAAGGACACAGAUGAGCCACUACCAGGUAAUGCAGCUCAGAGACUUCUACAGGAGCCACCGCAACCCCAAUCGACAUGAGUGUGAGGCACUUGGCCAGGAGUUGGGACUACCUCACCGUGUGGUACAGGUGUGGUUCCAGAAUGCCAGAGCCAAGGAGAAGAGAGCCAGGAGCCUGAGCUCUGAUGCUGCAGAGAGAGAGCAGGCUGAGCUGUCCGCAGGGGCAGGGGAGAGAGAUAGAGCUUAGAGAGGCCGACUACGAUUCCUUCUCACACACCCUCCUUGAAACCUCUCCUGCACCUGUUAUACAUGUCAACCUCUACACAUAUUCCCUGCCCACUUUGCUGCCAAAUCUGUCACCUGAACACCCCAAAGAUGCAGAGCCUUCUUGGCCCAAAGAACGACUCUCAACCUUUUUGUAGGAGAGAGCCCAAACCAAGUCCUCUCAACAACAGCUUUCCUCUUUUCAUUCUCCUCCAAAAACUUUUUUUCCUGGUCUGAACUCUCUUGUCAAAAAAGAGCCCCUCUCCCUAUCCUGUCAAGACACCUUACUACAACCAAACACCACCUUGUAAAACCAACCAGAUGCCACAGAGGCCAAAGAGCAUUCUCCAAGUAUGUGACCUCACUGCCCAGCUAGACCUGCAGUCUACCUCUCAGUCUGCAUGACAGACUCACAGUGGGCCCUCCAACUGACAGUGCUAGAUGACUAGCUGUGUAGCAUGUAGUGUCAGUCUGUAAGAGGCUGGAAAAGAAAUUGUCAAAGAGAUUUAGUGUAAAUAGAAGGUUCCAAAAGAUACACUUGAAGAAAAAAACAAAGCUGUUAACGGUGACAGAAGAUAACAAAAAAAAAACGGAAAAAUAUCCUUGAAAUAGAUGGAGGUAUUUGCAUAGAGCUUUUGUAAAGACUGACUCAGAUUCCAAAGCUCGUAACCAAAAUUUUACGUCUGUGGAUUUACUUUUAAUGUUUGUUUUCAAUAACAAACUGCUGACAGAGCUGACGUCUGUAUGGUGAAUGGGGGGGAUCUGCAGCUUCCAUAUGGUAAGCCGAGUACCAAUAGACUGACAUGGUGCUUGAAUGCAGCUUCAACCCUCCACACGCCAAUGAAGAGUCUUCUGUUGUACAUGUACACCUUCUAUGUUUCUUUAGUGAAUAACAGCCCAAAUAGCACAGAACGAAAAAAGGCCAGUUUGUCCUGAAAGGGGCAAACUAUUUUUUAUAGCACUCAACCAUUAUACUGUUUAUGAAAACUUUAACCAAACUCGAAUUGACAUUGUGUGUGUUUAGUAAUAGUUUCUUGAUAUAAAUCUUAUGAAUUGAGAUGAACUGUCUUGCUUCGAUAUAAUAGUGUCAUGAUUAUGAAAAGAUUAUGACAGCUUUGAUGUGUUCAGGCAAGGUGACCUACUGCCUUUCUGUUCUAUUUGAAUAUACCAAUGGCUGACCAAUGUUAUGUGAUUAAUGUAAAGCUUUCUAUGCUCAGGUUUACAGCUCAACAACUUCACUUCUAAUGUGAUCUUAAUACUGAACUUGUCUGUUUUUUUCCCCAAAAAAAACAGAAGAGUCACGGUUUUAAAAUUGGACUAAGUAUUACAAGAUAUCUACAAAAACAUCUGUAUUGCAAAGAUCUGAGCUUUUCACCUCUGAGUAAUAGAUUGUUACAAAAAACCUUAUUGAAACUAAAGUGUUUAAUAGUGUGAGGGGUAAAUGUACAGUAUUUAGCUUUUGUAUGGUUGACUCAAGACUUCAUUGGAUGAUUGAGACAUAGCUCCCUUUUCCAUUUACAGAUCGGGAGCUACUGCGCAAAGAAAAACUUUGGAUGUUACUGAUGUUAUUUUUGUACACUUAAUUUAUUUUCCCUCUUUCUUCCUCCCUACCUGCUUCCUUUUUUUGUCGUGUUAUUUUACAACCAGUUCUUAUUCUUACUGUAAUAAUGAUAAUAUAACAAUAAUAGCUAAACAAUAAUUAAUGCUUUAAGACAUAAAUCCAAAGACGUGAUAAUACUUUAACCAUAUGACCUACAAAAAUAAGCGCUACUGUUUACUUGACGAUGUAUUGCUGUUUUUAAAGAAGGAAGGAGUCCCUAUAUUUAAGCUACUGUUUUCUGCCUCUCAUAAGCACACUGGAGACUGUAACCAAAACCCCAAACUAGAGCCAUGGCAGUCUGUAAUAUAGCGGUUAAAGAGUUUUACUUCUCUUGAGAAAUGUUGCAGUUUAUUUUUCUUUCAUUUUUUACCAUAGUGUUAAACUUCAGCCCUUAAGGAUGUCCAGUUUGCUGCUAAUGUACUGUAGUUUCUAACGAUACUGUAGAAAGAUGCAUGCUCUGAUCGCUUUAUCAAUAGGCUUUAAUGACUACAAACUGUAAUGAUACCUGUGAUGCUGUUGAUAAACUGCUACUCUGUUAUUCUGUUGAAAACAUGUGGACAUGUGGGGCUCAAUUCCGUCAGGUUUGUUUUUCAGUAUCAUAUUAGUUAACCCCAUUCAGAGAACUGAAAGGCAUUCAUAAAAACAGAAAUAUUUUUUCUAGCUUACACAGAAACCUGCUUGGGGCAUUUACUUCUAAAAGUACUUACGGAGAUACUGCAAAGCGAUUUGAAGGAGUUAAGACCCCCAAACCCUCAACUGGUGUGUUGUUAAGUCUUCUGUGUUGCAAUGUCUCUAGUCGAUAUGUCCAGCUAUAGCAACUUAGCUGAACUCUAACAUCACAACCUACUUUUCAAAGGAUGUGUGUGUACUAACUCCUUUAAGUUUUGUUCUUAAACCAAUGUUUACGACAAUACCAAUGAGCUUUCUUCUGUACAGAAAUGUGCAUUCCAAAUACCACAAGGCAGUUUUUGUAUACAGAUUAUGUUGGAAUUCUUUUCUCUCGUAUUUUCUUGCUCUUAGUGACUGUAAUAUGUACAUAUUGAGGUCCUCUACGGUGAAGGGACUUUGUUACCUUUACUGUAGAUAAAACUAUUCUUUUCCUUUUUCCUGGAUAUAUUGUUGCCAUAGUGAUGACCAAAAAGAUACCUGUGAUGUGCACCUGUCCUUAUGUCCUGCUCCAGUGGUGUAGUGUGUCUCUAUACUCUCCCUUUCCCAGGUCUCCCCUCUGUGUGUGUUUCUCUUCCCUUUCCUUCCCAUACUCCACUGAGCUAAAUAAAGUCUGCU